UAAACAUGACGCUAGAGAAGUGUGUUUAGAGUUGUGAUCUCUUCUCAGGAGAGGGAUAGUGUCUAGUGAAUAGUGAGAGUGUUAUAGUGUUACAAGACCAACCCCUCAAAUCAAAAUACUAGACUUAGUCGUAUGAUCAGUCAACUCUUCUGGCCCACUACAGUCACCAUUACUUGGGUUUUCUUUGUUUGUUUGAUCUUGAUCUUGAAUUGAUGUUGAUAGGCAUGGAGCUUUGGACUCUACUUAUGCUGAGACAGAAUUAAGUGAAGUGAAUUUCUCUCACAUGGGUUGUUUCCACUCCAAGACCACCCACUUUCACUCCCCAGACGACCCUUCUUCUAACUCCCACCAAGCAAAUGGGAAUCUAGUUGAGGAGGAAGAGGAUCGAUCUCCGGUGUUUAAAGAGUAUUCUCUUAACGAGCUUCGAAAGGCCACAAAUGGGUUCAGUACCGACUUUAUUGUCUCCGAGAGCGGUGAGAAAGCUCCCAAUGUGGUUUACAGAGGGAAACUUCAGAACAAUCGCUUUGUUGCUAUUAAACGCUUCUCUAAGCAGUCAUGGCCUGAUGCUCAUCACUUUGUGGUUGAGGCAGCAGGAGUUGGUAAGGUGAGGCAUAAGAGAUUAGUGAAUCUGAUUGGUUGCUGUGCUGAAGGAGAUGAACGACUCUUGGUUGCUGAGUACAUGCCCAAUGAUACUUUGUCCAAACAUCUCUUUCAUUGGGACAAGCAACCAUUGCCAUGGGAAAUGAGAGUUAGAGUUGCUUACUAUAUUGCUCGGGCCCUUGACCAUUGCAAUGCAGUAAACCAAAAGAUUUAUCAUGAUUUAAAUGCGUAUAGAAUCCUAUUUGAUGAGGAUGGUGACCCUCGGUUGUCUAGUUUUGGCCUCAUGAAAAAUAGUCGAGAUGGUAAAAGCUACAGUACUAAUUUAGCUUAUACUCCACCUGAGUUUGUACGCACAGGCAGAGUCAUCCCAGAGAGUGUCAUCUACAGUUACGGAACUGUUCUGUUAGAUCUUUUGAGUGGAAAACAUAUUCCUCCAAGCCAUGCAUUGGACAUAAUAAGAGGGAAAAGUGUACUGUCUUUAAUGGAUUCAUCGUUGGAAGGGCAGUAUGAGAAUGAUGAUGCGACUAAAUUAGUUGAGCUUGCUUCAAAAUGUCUCCAGUCUGAGGCUAGAAACAGACCGGAUACUAAGUUUCUUCUCACAGCAGUGGGACCACUUCAAAAGCAGAAAGAGGUGGCUUCUCGUGUUCUAAUGGGUCUACCUAAAUAUAUGGCUGUGCUGCAAACAAUUCUCUCUCCCCUUGGGCAGGCUUGCACGAAGAUGGAUCUAACUGCUGUUCAUGAUAUUUUGCUCAAAACAGGCUAUAAAGAUGAAGAAGGGGCAGAAAAUGAGCUUUCAUUCCAAGAAUGGACACAACAAGUGCAAGAUAUGCUGAACACCAAGAGGUUUGGGGAUAUAGCUUUUAGGGACAAGGAUUUCAAGAGUGCAAUUGAGUAUUAUUCGAAGUUAGUAGGUAUGAUGGCUGCACCUUCAGCUACUGUCUUUGUUAGAAGAGCUUUCUCAUACUUGAUGAACGAUCAAGCAGAACUUGCCUUGAGAGACGCCAUGCAGGCCCAAGUGUGCAUACCCGAGUGGCCAACUGCAUUCUACUUGCAGGCUCUGGCACUAUCGAAGCUUGGAAUGGAGACUGAUGCUCAGGAUAUGCUCAACGAUGGAGCAGCCUUCGAAACUAGGAGGCAGAACAGCUGGCGAAGCUAAACGCAAGUCUUUUGAACAAACAAAACAGGUCCUUUUUUUCAUUAACUUUGUCGAUCGAAAUAGGAAGUGAAGUAGAGAAAAAUGAAAUGCAAGUAAUAGAGGUUAGUUCUCUUGAGAAAAUUAUGCUAAAUAUCAGGUUGUCUAUAUACUUAGUAAAUUAGUCAGUAGUAACAGAGGCUUGAGCUAUGUAUAAUAGACUCAUCUAUAGAUGAAGUUGUUAAAUAUUAUGUUUUUAUUAGUUGAUUUCUUUGAAAUACCAGAUGAUCUUGCUCUUGUGUUA